GCCAGUCACUAUUUGGUCUUCGGGAUUCCGCAGGUCUUGGUAAGUUUUGGGCGGUUGGUUUUCUCUUGCCACGAGGACGUUGAACUGGGCGUUCUAUCAAGUCGAGGCUGGCCUCCUGGAAGAGAGACACUUGACAUUGUACCACUGUUUCCUGCUCGUCUUCAGCAAUUCUAGCCGUCUACCGUCACCAUGAUCCUGCCCAAGAGCAAUGCAGCCUCGCCACUCAUCGCCCCCUACAUCCUCCCCCUCUCUGUCAUCCUCCUCAUCGUCCUUCCCAUCAUAACCUUGCUCCGCAUCCGCUACCGCCGCGGGCUGCGCGAAAUUCCAGGCCCGUUCUUUGCCAGUAUCCUACCGAUUGACCGUAUUCUCAGCACGUAUUCGGGGCGUCAAUUCCAGCGCCAUCUCGAAUACCACGCCAAGUAUGGGACUUUGGUCCGCGUCGGGCCUAACCAUGUGAGUUUGGGGGACUCGGAGCAGAUUUCGAAUGUUUAUAGUAUCACCAGCAAAUUCGAUAAAAGCAACUUCUACACCCUUUUCCAUGCCAAAUCGCCCGUGGGCCCUAUUCCCACGGUCUUCUCCAUCAUCGACCCUGUGGGACACAGGAACCUAAAAAGGCCUGUCGGGGCCGCAUACGCCCUGAGCUCUUUGCUCGACUUUGAACCCUUGGCCGACGACUGCACGCGGAUCCUCCAAGGCAAACUCGACGGCCUGCAGGGCAAACCCAUUGAUUUCGGUACGUGGCUGCAUUGGUACGCAUUCGAUGUAAUCAGCAGCAUCACCUUCUCCAACCGAUUGGGCUUCAUGGAAAGAGAGGAGGAUGUCAAUGGUAUCAUUGCGGCAAUUGAGGGUCGGCUCUUUUACAAUUCCAUCGUUGGCGAGGUCCCGAGUUUGCAUAAAUGGCUCCUGGGCAAUAGCACCCUCUCGAGAUUGGCCGACAUGGUGCCCGCCAUCAAGAGACUGAACUCGGCGGCGUACAUUGUCCAAUUUGCUGCGAGACAACUGGAGAUGAGGCAAGAUGCCAAGGCACAGCACGGAAGGUCCGACAUGGUGGACAAAUUCAAGACGACCAGGGAUGGCGAGGAAGUCAUGAGCGCGAAGGAGCUGUUGGGCCAUGCGAGUUCGAACGUGUUUGCCGGUUCUGAUACAACUGCCAUCUCCCUCCGGGCGCUCUUCUAUCAUCUCCUGAAGAACCCCCAUGCGUACCAGAAAUGUGUGGACGAAAUCCUCGAUUUCGACGCUCGCGGCGAGCUGUCCGAGUAUGUCACGUACUACGAGGCGCAGCGUAUGCCAUAUUUCCAAGCGUGUAUGAGAGAGGCGCUGCGCAUGCAUCCUGCCGUGGGGCAGUUGCUUGAACGGGUGGUCCCCAAAGGCGGCGCCACCAUCGACGGCGUCUAUCUACCGGAGGGGACGAUUGUGGGCAUGAAUCCCUGGGUGGCCGCAAGGGAUAAAGCGGUGUACGGCCACGACGCUGCGGUGUUCCGGCCGGAGAGGUGGAUUGACGCCGACGAAAAGACGCUGAAGCUGAUGGAUCGAAACUGGCUUGCUUUUGGAGCCGGCUCACGGACGUGCCUGGGCAAAAACAUCUCCCUGAUGGAGAUGUCGAAGCUGGCGCCGCAGCUGCUGCGUCGAUACCACGUCCAGCUCGCGGAUCCCAACGCCGAAUGGGAGCUGUUUGCGUACUGGUUCGUCAAGCAGGAGGGGCUGAAUUGUAUCUUGACCAGAAGAGACGGAGAGAAGGAGAGGUAGCAAUCGACUUGCGAGGUGGCGACUGUGCGAUCGUGGAGACCGUUACAGAUACAUUGUGGCCCUCACGCACACCAUCUCCGAUGGGUACCAUUUUGCAGGUAGAAAAUUUACCAGGAUCGAAGGAAGCCACUCAGUCGCUUCAGGCAGCAAAACUAGCAACGUGUCUCUUCACCAGACAGUUCAGCGUUGAGCAACGCAAUUCGGUUCUAAGCCUAGUUUGACACUAUAGUGCAUUCCUUGGCAACCUACAAAUCCUUGAC